AUGCGCCAAAUUGCUGGUCAGGUUCUCGAAGUACUUUGUUCUCUCUGUCUCGGUCGGCAAGGUGGUGCUGUUCGAUUGAACCAAGAUCUUAUAUACGAGAGUCUCCUACCUAACCGAGAUCUGCUACUCCAAACUAAGUUGGUUAAACAGCCGGGAUCCAUGCGACCCAACCUCUUUGUUGGCACCAAAGAGGGCGGCAACAUGUACUCGAAGUGGUACUUUGAGCUAGCCAUUGUCUCGAUCGAGUCUCCAGGUGCAUCGAUUCGUGUUGGCUGGGGCAACACUGAGGGCUACGAUGCGCAGCCGGGUGGUGGACCAGGGUGGGGUGCUGCCGCACUCGGCGACGACCUCUUCAGCUAUGCCUUUGACGGCAAAAGUUUGUGGAUUGCUGGCCGAGAGAAAGAGAUCACUGCAGGAGUAAGUUCAAUUUUCUAUCUGCUUGAUCGUGUCUUAUUGGGUUAUAAAAAUAAGCGUUAA